GUGAUCAGAACAAAAAAUCUUUGCUGUGUUGUGGAUAAAAGUGAUUAAAAAUCAUUCUUUCGCUAAAGUUGAACUUACUAGACUGGUUAAAACAUCUGCAGCAUUCCUUUCGUCAUCAGCAUUAGCAAGUUCGACGCACUCGAGCAACAGUUUCAGGGGUGUAAUUUCGCUUUUGUAGACACAACGCCUCCGUAAGCAUGUUUACGGUAAACACACAUCAGCACCAAAUACUGUUCCAUCUGUCCCAAAUUACGCCACGGCACAGUAACAUCGCGUUCAAGAAGCAACACAAACACCAUCAUCAGCAGCAGCAGCAGCAAGGAAAGGAAGCAGUAUCUCAGCUCGCGCAGCAAGAGUUUGUUCCCCGUCUGAAGCAAUCUCUCGUGCAGCUGUACACCGAUGCGUUCCGCAGUACGGUGCAGCCACCGUCACCGUCUCCGUCGUUGCCCGCUUCACUGCCAGCCGAAGAGUUGUACCGGCUAAAGCUGCCCCGUCGGCUGGAACGCAAUCUCCUCAAACACUUCAGCCAGGUUGAGUUGCUGGGUAGCAUACGGGAGAGCGGUCCCUGGAGCCUGAAUGUGACGCCGCGGGUGAAGAAAGGACGGCAGUCGGCAGGAGUGCAGGAGAAACUGCUCUUCAGUGGUGAGGUGGUGCAGAAGCUAGCGCGGGGUUUGUUAUUGCAUCAUACUAGCGGCAGUUACGCACAGCAGCGAGGUUUCAAAACGGUUAGAUCCGUCAGUGCCGAAAUGAAGCGCAAUCCAGCACUGUACACGCGUAUGAAGGAUGCCCUAGCCACUCCACCAGCGGCCCAGAUAUCUCACAAGUACGACCCGGUAGCUUACUCCGCUCACACGAUCAGUCCACAGGCACACGGUGAACCGUUGAGCAAACUUCUCGAAAAUGAUCCCUCGCUGAGCGACGAGCAGCGACAGCGGUUGAAAAUUGCGUUCGCCGAAGGAUACCUUACCGCGUCGCAUCCGGACCAGCAAAACCGCUCGAGCAAGGCAAUGAAAUAUUUGAAAUUUUUUCAACAGCUGCUGAUAAUCGUCGUAUUUAUUGGCAUCUUCAUCAGCAUGUUUGCAUCACCGAACGGUUCCGUCUUCAGUAGAAUACAGCUCGGCAAUCAGGUGGAAGUCGACCCGGAAGACAUUACCGUGACGUUCGAGGACGUGAAGGGAUGCGACGAGGCGAAGCAGGAACUGAAGGAGGUGGUCGAGUUUUUGAAAAAUCCGGGCAAGUUCAGUAAUUUGGGUGGCAAACUUCCAAAGGGUGUUCUGUUGGUUGGUCCUCCCGGAACGGGCAAGACCUUGCUGGCGCGCGCCGUUGCUGGUGAAGCGGGUGUCCCAUUCUUUCAUGCUGCAGGGCCAGAAUUUGACGAGGUGCUCGUCGGGCAGGGUGCCCGCCGUGUACGGGAUUUGUUCAAGGCAGCCAAGGAACGCGCUCCGUGUGUUAUUUUUAUCGAUGAAAUCGAUUCCGUUGGUGCAAAGCGCACUAACUCGGUGCUACAUCCGUAUGCGAACCAAACGAUCAACCAGCUAUUGUCGGAGAUGGACGGCUUCCAACAAAACGAAGGCGUGAUCGUGCUCGGUGCCACCAAUAGGCGCGAUGAUCUCGACCAAGCCCUGCUACGGCCGGGACGUUUCGAUGUAGAAGUUGUAGUACCGACACCGGACUUUACUGGUCGGAAGGAAAUUUUAACCUACUAUUUGGGAAAAAUCUUGAGCAGAGACAUCAACACCGACCAGCUGGCUCGAGGAACAACCGGUUUUACUGGUGCGGAUAUCGAGAACAUGGUCAACCAAGCUGCGUUACGUGCGGCUAUCGAUGGAGCUGAGGUGGUCACAAUGAAACACUUAGAGAAUGCCCGUGACAAGGUACUUAUGGGUCCGGAACGCAAGUCGCGUCUGCCGGAUGAGGAGGCCAACAAAAUUACCGCGUAUCACGAGGGCGGUCAUGCAAUAGUCGCCUAUUACACGAAGGAAUCGCAUCCACUGCACAAGGUAACAAUCAUGCCACGAGGACCCUCGCUGGGUCAUACUGCGUACAUACCGGAAAAAGAACGCUACCACGUCACGAAGCAGCAACUACUGGCCAUGAUGGACACAAUGAUGGGUGGACGAGCUGCAGAAGAAUUGAUCUUCGGACAAGACAAAAUCACUUCCGGCGCCAGCAGCGAUCUGAAACAGGCAACUUCAAUCGCUUCCCACAUGGUAAAGGAAUGGGGAAUGUCGGAGAAGGUGGGUCUGCGGACGAUUGAGGGACCGAAAAGCUUCGGUCAGAGCGAGGUACUGUCGCCAGCAACCAUUGAGGGUGUGGACAAUGAAAUCAAGAAGCUGCUGAACGACAGCUACGAGCGCGCCAAGGCGAUCCUGAAGCAGCACGCAAAGGAGCACAAAGCAUUGGCGGAAGCGUUGCUUAAAUACGAAACUCUCGACGCCGAGGACAUUAAGGCCAUCAUGGGUGGUGAAAAACUAUCGAGUGAAGAAAACUAACUCAUCUAGGUUUUUAUUUCGUUUAUCGAACGCCCUGCAACCGGUAAACGGAAUACGCUUCGCUUUAGAAUAAACGGAAACGGAUGUCUUCUGACGGUCCGUUGCAAGCAGAAAUUCAGAAUCGGAGAAUCAACGGCCGCGGAUUUGUUGUACGGAUGUAGGUGAAAUGCUACAUACCUCCAAUCACGAUUGCUUAAGUGGUGGUCAAAUAGUUACAGUAAAACACACAAUAGACCUAAGCAGGAAAAACAAGCAGAAACAUAUUACUUAUCCUCUGGAGCGAGGCUGAUGAGGGAACGAUGUAGCUUUCCCCAGGGUGAAUAAUAGAUGAUAAAACGUGGUCUGUAAAAAUCGACAAACAUCCCGCUGUAUCCAUGGUA